GUAAGUGAUAGCCCGUGGAAGAUACUACCCAGACUCACUUCCCCAAGCUAGCUAGCUAUAUCUCUCAUGGCUUCUCUUCUCAAUCUUAUGAACCUAGGUUCUUCGAGAUUUAACCUCAGCAAUCGAGUCCCAAGCAUGCGGUUAGAAAUCGAGAGCUCCCGAGAGCUAGACAUGAGUGGAAUAAUUAGCAGGGGCUCGGGCAAUGUAAAGAACGAGAGUGGUGGGGUGUACAUAACUUGGGAGGACCUGUGGGUGACUGUAUCAAAUCGAAGAAAGGGGUCCAAACCCAUCCUUCGAGGGUUAACCGGUUAUGCCCGACCCGGUGAGCUCUUGGCCAUAAUGGGUCCUUCAGGAUGCGGCAAAUCCACUCUUCUGGAUGCCUUGGCAGGAAGGCUAAACUCAAAUACGAGAAAAGCUGGGGACAUUCUAAUCAACGGCCAGAGGAAGGCUUUGGCUUAUGGAACUUCUGCUUACGUGAUGCAACAUGACUCACUGAUCGCGACCCUGACGGUCCGAGAAGCCAUUCACUACUCGGCACAGCUCCAGCUUCCGUCCUCCAUGUCCAAGGCCGAAAAGAGGGAGAGGGCUGAGGCCACCAUCCUAGAGAUGGGCCUUCAUGAGGCCGCUGACACUAGAAUUGGUGGCACAUGGGGUUCGGACAAGGGCCUAAGCGGUGGGCAGAAGAGGAGGGUCAGCAUCUGCCUGGAAAUGCUAACUCACCCAAAGCUCCUCUUCCUCGAUGAGCCAACUAGUGGGCUCGAUAGUGCAGCAUCUUACUACGUCAUGAGCCGGAUAGCUCGUCUGACCAAGGACAGUGAGAUCGGUGGCGGAAUUGGAAGGACCGUGGUCGUUUGUAUCCAUCAACCUAGCAGUGAAGUGUUCCAACUCUUUGAUAAUCUGUGCCUGCUAUCUUCAGGCAGGACAGUUUACUUUGGGCCCACUUCCGCGGCAAAUGAGUUUUUCGCUCUGAACGGGUUCCCAUGCCCGACGCUACAGAACCCGUCCGAUCACUUCCUGAAAACCAUUAACAGGGACUUCGAUAUGGAUAUUGAGAAAGGUCCGGGAUCACACAUAUCCUCCGAUGAAGCUAUCAACACCCUAACAAGGUCAUAUCAGAAAUCAGCACACUUCCAAGCAGUUCAAAGAAAAGUAGCGGAAAUUUUGAAGCAGGAAGCCAAGGAUCAGGGAAUACCGGCGGAGAGAAAACAUGCGGGCUUCUUGACUCAAUGUUCCGUCCUUACAAGAAGGUCUUGUUUGAAUAUGUACCGAGACAAGGGCUACUACUGGUUGCGCCUGGCUAUUUAUAUCACCCUAACAGCGGGUCUCGGUACCCUAUUUUAUGACAUUGGAUCUACUUAUGGUUCGAUUCAGGCAAGAGGAGCACUAAUCAUGUUCGUAGCUUCAUUCCUCACUUUCAUGUCAAUCGGUGGAUUCCCAUCUUUUGUGGAGGACAUGAAUGUUUUCGGAAGGGAAAGAUUGAAUGGUCACUACGGAGCCAGUGCAUUCGUCGUGAGCAACACAUUUGCAUCCGCGCCAUAUCUACUUUUGAUUUCGCUCAUUCCAGGAGUCAUCUCGUACUACCUUCCAGGACUUCAAAAGGGACUCGACCACUACGUGUGCUACAUGUUAGUGCUGUUCGCGUGCAUGAUGCUCGUCGAGAGCCUGAUGAUGAUCGUGGCAAGCCUAGUCCCGAACUACCUGAUGGGUAUAAUCGUGGGAGCAGGAAUUCAAGGACUAAUGAUGCUGGGUGGAGGCUUCUUCAGAUUGCCUGAUGACCUCCCAGGACCUUUCUGGAGGUAUCCACUGUACUACAUCUCCUUCCACAGAUACGCGUACCAGGGCAUGUUCAAGAAUGAGUUUGAAGGAUUGGUGUUCCCGAGCCAACCUGGAUGUCGAGGGGGGACGAUCAACGGCGAUCAAAUUCUGAGGGAUAUAUGGGAGGUCGAUAUGGGCCACUCGAAGUGGGUCGAUCUCGGGGUAUUGCUAGGGAUGAUUGUUGUUUAUAGGCUCAUUUUCUUGGGCAUUAUCAAGACUAAUGAAGUAGUUCGGCCCAGAAUGGCCACCCUUAUGGCCGCAGCCCCAGAGCAAGCAACUCACGCCAUGGAGAGCCCAACUUGUCCUCCUAAAUAAAACCAUAGAAGGGGAAGACUAACGCAACAUAUAAUACAAGACCGUUACCUGAGAGCUGGAUAUGCAUGUACCCCGAAGCAUGGAUUCAAUGUCAUAUACAAAAUCGGCCACGCAUACACCCCGCAGCUCGGGUUCAAUAUCAUACACAAAAUUGGCCAAGCGUGUACCCUGCGGCGUGGGUUCAAUUCCAUCUACAAAAUCGGCCAUGCAUGUACCCGUGGCUCGGGUUUGAUCUGUUAGACGCAAAUUCGGUCACGCAUAUACCCAUGGCUUGGGUUAAUUAAUCUCUUUAUCCAUUCCAGCUUCUCAAACUCACACAUAUGGUGGUACUAAAUCUUGUAUCUAACUAACAAAUACUUCUCCGAAUCACUAAUUAGAUAAAGAGACUUAAUUCUAUUGCCUACU